CACUGGACAGUUGAAGCUACCAGAUACUGAUACUGAUACUGAAAAGAAAUAGGAGAAGAUAUUCUUCAAAAGAGAUACUAACAUUACCAUGAAGCUGCUGACUGUGGCUGCACUUCUUUGUGCAAUGAUGGCUCUAACCAUGGCUGUUGCCAACAGUCACCUGGUCAAGAGUUCCAAACGUUGUCCUUAUCGUUGGACUCGCCAAGAUAAUCGCUGCUUUUACUACGUUCCAACAACCAUGAGUUGGGCUAGAGCUGAGAGAAACUGCUUGUCCAUGGGGGCAAACCUUGCAUCAGUGCGCAGCAUCAGAGAGUACCAGACAAUUCAGCGACUGACUGCCCAUUAUGGCUACCCCCAAACUUGGAUUGGAGGAACUGAUGCACCCCAGGAGGGUAUUUGGUUGUGGAGUGAUGGCACCAGUUUUCACUAUUCACACUGGUGCCGAGGAGAGCCCAAUAAUAAUCACAAUCAGCACUGUAUUCAGAUGAAUUAUGGAGGUUCCAAGUGCUGGGAUGAUCUGCAGUGUGAUGCUCAGCUGCCAUCUGUCUGCGCCAAGAAAGUCUAAUGUUUCUUGGACUGACACUGAUGUAUGAUGGUGUUUGUGUUUCGCUAGCUCUUACUUUAUUUUAUUUUGCAGCAUUAUAUUUUUCCUCUCUAUAGCACCCAAAGAAAAUGAACAAUCAACACAAGUUGGGCUGUCAUUAAGGCCAUGUGACUUUAGUGGGAGCAGACUUGUUACCAAAGGAUUGAUUUUACAUUUUUCUUCUGCAAAGAAAACUGUUCUCUUCUUUCUUUAAAAUUGAAGCGUCAAGCAAGCAUAUCUCUGUGUUAUGUCUUUUUUUUUGAGGUGUAUAUACAUAUUUACCAGAUACAUAUAUUAAUAUUUGUCUACUCUUUUAUACAUGUGUUAGUUCAAUUACCAAAUUUUUAAAAACUCAUCACACAUUCAGCAAACCUGGGGGAAAAAGUGCUAAGAUUUGUUAUAGAAGUUUGCAUUACCCAUUUAUCCUGCAAGCCCAUAGAUUUAUAUAUGCGUCUCCAUAAGUUGAUUCUGUUCAUCUGGAUGUAGAUGUACUUACCUGGAUGAUUGAGCAUGCAUCAAGACAUUUAUAUAUGUGCUGUCAGAUUAAGUGGGCAUGUGCUGACAAUUUCAUCUAUUUUUACUAUGCGAUUUCCUGUCAACAAUAUUCCUACUACAGCAGUCCUAUCUAUUUGUGAGCCUUUCUAUAUAGCUAAAAAUGAAAAGAAAUUUGUAUACACAGUUCAAUAAAGAGC